AAAAUAAAUAAAACUGUAAACAUUGUAAUGCGGCUAGUCGUCAGAUUUUAGAUUAGAAUAAGUGCUGAUGUUUAAGAAAUAUGGCAGUCUAGGGACAGCUGCCGAUUUUCUCUGUCAUAUGGCAUUUGCUUGUGAACUAGAGAAAAGUUCCUACCUCAAGAGGCUGAAAAUUCUGGUGGCAGUUAUGGAAUGGUUGUCUCAUUUAACAUGGAUUUUUAGUGGUCUCUCAUCAUAAGACACUGUUUAUUAUUAUUAUUAUUUUACGUGUUGGAGGUUUUUUCGAAUUGUGAUUUUGCAUGAUUCCAUAAAUCCAUCUCUGGAACCUGCAUGAGCUUACGAGAAGUAAAGAUCAAAUGUCGGUUAUGGUAUUGAAAUCAAGAAUGAGCACGGAUGAUAAACAUUCUCAGCAACAGAAUUUCCAACGAAUACCUACAGUACAUGAUUGGGAAAGUUACAAAGUUAAAGAUGUUUUUGAUGAUGGGACAAUGAGCUUCUUUUGGCAAGCGCAUACUUUAACAGUUCUUUUUUUCUUUACCUGUGCUCUUGUGUAUGUUUCGUUCUUUGAAGAAUCGCCAGUAGACUCUGAAUACAAUGUUAAAAGAGGUAUUGUUGCGUGUGUUGUUGUGUUUUUACUUCUUGGUGUCACACAGAUUCCUGAUGGACCAUUUCGUAGGCCUCAUCCUGCGGUCUGGAGAUUUGUUUUUUGCAUCAGUAUAGUCUAUGAGCUCUCUCUUAUAUUUAUACUUUUUCAA